GCGGGUAAGAGAAAGAUAGACAGCAAAAGAUAGAGACACAGUGGAGACGGAGAGAAAAAAUUUAAAUAUGAUGCCGAAUCGGAGCCCUGUUCUAAAGCACUCCUUCCCGCGCUACCAGCACCACACCACACAACGACUCCCGAGGCUGCUGUAGGAGGAGGAGCACACACACAAACACCUCUCGGUCUCCCAUAUACGCGCUAGCACUCACCCACCUGCACCUCACCCCACCACCACUUCCCCCCCCCCCCCUCCCUCACCGACACCACCUCUCUUCCACACACACACGCACACGCAGACGCACGCUGACACACGCGCAGUGCUGUCAAAAAGCGCGACUGUUGGACCACAGCCAUCUCGCGGAGGAGGAAGACCCGGCAUAGAGAGAGAGAAAAAAAGACAGAGGGAGUGAGAGCGAGCGAGAGAGAGAGUGUGAGAGAGAGAGAGAGAGAGAGAGAGAGAGAGAGAGAGAGAGAGAGAGAGAGAGAGAGAGAGAGAGAGAGAGAGAGAGAGAGGGAGAGACAAAGGGUAGGAGGACGGGAAGAAGGAGACGAGCGAAUAGGAAGCGGGGACAGCGGCACGAGGAAGGAGAGACUUAUCGCUUUGUUGGGGGGAAAAAAGAAGAACGCCGGGACCAAGAGGGAGGAGAGAGAGAAAAAGGAGGAGAGGUGGAACAGGAAACGCGAUCACUUUCAGCUGCAGCGGUCCGUGUCGCAGCAUGGGAAAUGCACCAUCCCAAGAUUCCGAGCGUGGCGGCGGCGGGGGCGGCGGCGGCGGCGGCGGGGGUCACAUGAUGUCCACGGACGACCUGGAGUACCCCCGGGAGUACCGCACGCUGGGCAACGGCACGCGCCGCUUCUCCAACGUGGGCCUGGUGCACACCUCGGAGCACCGGCACGGCACGGUGAUGGCGGCCCAGUCCCUGGAGGCCCUCAGCAGCCUGCACAAGGCCGACAUGGAGCGCAAGAGGGACGCCUUCAUGGACCACCUCAAGUCCAAGUACCAGCAGGGCCAGCAGGGUGGAGGAGGUGGAGGAGGAGGAGGAGGAGGAGGAGGAGGUGGAGGAGGUGGGGGGCACCACCACCACCACCACCAGCAGCAGCAGCAGCAGCAGCUCCAGCACCAGAGCCACCACAGCCCCCACCACCACACCAACCCCCCCUCCCCGUCCCCCUCUCACACCAGCAUGCGGAGCAGCAGCGCUGCAGAGAGGGCGGCCAGGGAGCAGCAACAGCCCAACUACUGGAGCUUUAAGAGUCGCAGCCCACGGCACUCCCAGUCCACCCAGUCUGGGUUGGCCGACCAGGCCGCCAAGCUCUCCUUCGCCUCGGCCGAGUCCCUCGAGACCAUGUCUGAGGCGGACAUGCCCAUGGGCUUCAACCGCAUGAACCGAUUCCGCCAGAGCCUGCCCCUGUCUCGCUCCGCCAGCCAGAGCAAGCUCCGCUCACCAGGCGUGCUCUUCCUGCAGUACGGCGACGAGACCCGCCGCGUGCACAUCACCCACGAGCUGAGCAGCCUGGACACGCUGCACGCGCUCAUCGUGCACAUGUUCCCCCAGAAGCUCACCGCCGGCAUGCUCAAGUCCCCCAACACGGCCAUCCUCAUCAAGGACGAGGCCCGCAACGUCUUCUACGAGCUGGAGGACAUCCGGGACAUCCAGGACCGCAGCGUCAUCAAGAUCUACCGCAAGGAGCCCAUCUACGCCUCCUACCCGGCCGCCGCCCACCUGGCCAACGGGGACCUGAGGAGGGAGAUGGUGUACUCGUCUCGGGACUCCUCCCCCACGCGCCGCCUCAACACCCUCCCCUCCUCCUCCUCCUCCUCCACCCCAAACUCCCCGUCCCGCUCGCGCCUCUCCUACAGCGGGGGGCGCCCGCCCUCCUUCGCCGGCCCGGGGUCCCACCCGCACGCGCACCACCACCAGUCCCAGCACGGCCACCACCAGCCGCCCACCACGGGCCUCACGCCGUCGCCCAGCGCCAUCCUGGAGCGCCGCGACGUCAAGCCCGACGAGGAGCUGUCGGGCAAGAACAUGACGCUGAUGAAGAGCGAGGGCCUCUACGCCGACCCCUACAGCCUGGUGCACGAGGGGCGCCUCAGCAUCGCCUCCACCCAGUCGCUGGCCGCCAUCGGGGACCCCUUCAGCUUCCCCGUGACCAGCGGGCUGUACCGCCGCGGCUCGGUGCGCUCCCUCAGCACCUACUCGGCCGCCGCGCUCCAGGGAGACCUGGAGGACUCCCUCUACAAGCCCGGCGGCGGCGGCGGGGGGCCGCUGUACUCGGACGGGUAUUCCUCCGCCACGCUGGGCAUGAGCUUCCGCAUGCCCCCGUCCUCCCCGCAGAAGAUCCCCGAGAUGCAGCUGCGGGGGGACCGGGAUUCGUACUCGAGCUCCCCCAGCCGGGCCUCCCCGGUCAGGCAGGCCUUCCGCAAGGACUCGGCCUCCUCCUCGGUGUUCGCGGAGAGCCCCAAGUCCCGGCCCGGCUCGGGGUCCGACCCCCUGUGUCUGACGGCCGGGCCCGGCGAGGGCGGCCGGUCCACCCCCGGGUUCGGGAACUCCAUGUCCGGCCCGGACUCGGACUCUAACAGUAGGGAUCAGCGCCUGGAGCGCAUGGAGGCCAUGGAGAAGCAGAUAGCCAGCCUGACCGGCCUGGUGCAGAGUGUACUGACACGGGCUCCAGACAGUGACAGCACCGACAAGACAGAGACUAACAGCGAUGGCUCCGCGACCGGAACUGGACGACUGAAGCGGAAAGCUCACACACCGUCGGGCCCCCUGGCUCUGAUGCCGCCGCCCCCCUUCAGCAGCGGCAGCCGCGUGCAGAUGCAGCUCCACCUACAGGACCUGCAGCACAACGCCACCGACCUGCGGAAGCAGCUCUCGCAGCUGCGCAAGAUGCAGCUCCAGAACCAGGACUCGGUGAAGACUCUGCUGAAGCGGACGGAGACGGAGCUGAGUGUGCGCGUCGCCGACGCUCUGAGGAAGCAGGAGGACCCGCUGCAGAGACAGCGCCUCCUGGUGGAGGAGGAGAGACUCAAGUACCUCAACGAAGAGGAGCUCAUCAUCCAGCAGCUGCACGACCUGGAGAAGUCUGUGGAGGAGCUCCAGAAGGAGGCGUCAGUCAGCCACAAGCUGGCUCCUGUACAGGAUCUGGAGGAGAAGGCUGCCCUGAUCAGGAAGCUGGGGGAGACGCUCACAGAACUCAAGAACCAGUUCCCAGGCCUGCAGAGCAAGAUGCGGGUGGUGCUGCGGGUGGAGGUGGAGGCGGUGAAGUUCCUGAAGGAGGAGCCCCACAGGCUGGACGCCCUGCUCAAACGCUGCAAGACCAUGACCGACACCCUGGCCAACAUGCGCAAGCAGGCCGGCGACGGCGUGUGGAAGAAGCAGGAGGACUUCUCCAGCCCCUCUGCCAAGCGCGGCGGCGAGGACUUCCGCAAGGGCCACGCCGACUUCGACCUCCCCACCAGCCCCCCGCUGAGCCUCAGCGACAUGGGGGGCGGGGGCGGCGGGGGCGGGCUGAACAGCCUGGCCAACUGGAGCCUGCACACCAGUCACAGCCACGGCUACGGGGUGCCGCCGGGGGCCUCCCACAGGGAGAGCCACCACCCCCCCGUGCCCCACAAGGGCCGGGCCCUGGAGGAGCUGGAGCGCCGAUCGUCCAGCGAAAAGGCCUCCUCGGUGGAGGUCCGCCUGGCGGCGGAGCGGGACUGGGAGGAGAAGCGGGCCAGCCUGACCCAGUACAGCGCCCAGGACAUCAACCGCCUGCUGGAGGAGACCCAGGCCGAGCUCAUGAAGGCCAUCCCCGACCUGGAGUUUGCCGCAAAGCAGAUCAAGCCGUCGGCCGCCGCCAACAGCACGCCGUCGCCCCAGCCCUCCGGCGGCCCCCCGGAGCACCGCGCCAGCAAGCCCCAGCACAGCAAGCUGCCCGGGAAGGAGCCCGGGUCCCGCCGGGGCUCAGACGAGCUGUCGGUGGGUCGGUACCGCACCGAGAAGCCCUCCAAGUCUCCGCCCCCUCCCCCGCCACGCCGCAGCUUCCCAUCAUCCCCCGGCCUCACCACCCGCAGCGGGGAAAUGCUCAUCCCUGGCAAGAGCAUCAAGCAGAAGACCGACUCUGAGGAGAGCGAGAGCCAGAAGCCCCACGUGAAGCUGAGGAGGGCGGUGUCGGAGAACCAGCGACCGGCCUCCACGCCCCCCACCCUGGCCUCAGGGGACCGGGAGGAGACGGAGGAGGACAAGAUCGCCGCUGAGCUGGAGAACAACUCGGCCGUUGGGAAGCAGCUCCACUCCACGGCGGCAUCCCGGCUCAAACACCUUCAGCAGAACAGCACAGACAAGAGCAAGUCUGGAAGCAAAAGAGAGGAUUUCCUCAAGAGCCAGGGCCAGUUGCAGUGAGAGAUGCAUCCCAGCCUCAGCAUCUUCAGCAUCUUCAGCGCCUGACUGCAGAGAGACUGCGCACAUUCAUCAGCCUUGCUCUUAUUCCCCCCCCCCCCCCCCCCCCCCCCUGCCACUCUCAGUUUUUUAUACUUUUUGUCCCUUGGGGGGCCGGUCUUGAACCUCAGAACCUCCCGCUGUCACUCUCUCCCCUGUGUAGGUGUGUUUGUGUGUGUGUGUGUGUGUGUGUGUGUGUGUGUGUGUGUGUGUGUGUGUGUGUGUGUGUGCGUGUGUGUGUGUGUUGGUGCGUGCGUCAGCUUACGUCUGCAUGUUACAUUUCGCUGUGCUCUGAUAGAAGAGUGAGAGAAGAGAAGAGUUUGUGUGUGUGGGGGGGGGGGGGGGGGGAUUUGAUGCUACCAGUUCAUCGCUGGCAUUAAAGAAGACACCACUUUGAGUUGACCACUCCUGUAUGUACGCCCUCCCCCCCCACCUCACACUCCGGCACUCGCCCCGUUCCUUCCUCCGCUCCCGAAGGCCUCGGAGACCACCGUGGAAGCCCACCUGGCCGGGCGACUCGCGGGCUCCUUCUCUGAGCGCCUGCCCUUCGGACGGGUGGUCCUCCCGCCGCCCUGAGGAGGGGCUCCCAGGAGCCCGCGCUGUCCCAGCUCACGGCCACAUCCAGCCAGGCCAGGGCGCUGCUGGCGAGCCUGUCCGCCAACGGCCUGAGUGCGGAGGCUCUGCUCCUCUCCUCGGCCCUCCGCCAUCACCGCCGCCUGCUCAUGGAGAAGGCGGCCGCCUCCUCCACCUCCUCCUCCUCCUCCUCCCCACCCACCCCUGCUCUGCCGGCGGCCGCCUCCUCCUCCUCCUCCUCUUCCUCGUCCUCCUCCACGCCCACGGUGCCGUCCACGUCCCCCAGCUCCUCCACCUCCGCCUCCUCCUCCAGCCCCCCCCUCCAGCCCGCCCUCCCUCUCCUCCCUGGGGGGGGAGGGGAGCAGCUGCAGCAGCAGCAGCAGGGGAGCAGGACAGCUCUGCCCCCCCCCCGAGGCUCCAGGGAGCAACAGGAGAGCCGGUUCCACCACAGGGAGCUGGAGGGUGCGAGGAGUGGAUGAAGAUAAGAAGAAUGCACGUUUGAAGCACCAACACUUGGCAGAUGUGAGGGAAAUCCAAUCACAGAUAAUGGAGUCAAUGGAGAUUUAGUGACGCACAAUUAAUGUUUGGUGGGGGCUAGGGGGUGGGGGGGGGGGGGGGGACUAUUGAAAGCCUUACUUCAUGUUGAACUCCAAAGACCGUUUGGACAUUUGUUUCGUACCCCUGUUUUUUUUUCAUCCCACCAUGCUGGUAGAUCUGAUUCAAUGAGAAAACUCCAUCUUUACGUGUUUGUCCUACUGAUCUCCUUCUUGGCUGUUUCUAUUGGUCGGCGGAUCUGCCACACAAUCGUACUGCCAGUUUGACCACCCAGAAAGCACACAAAUCGGCACAAAGCUCCCGCCCUAGGCUACUCCCAUUUGAUGGAUUCUGGAUGCUCACAGCAGGGAUUGCCGGAAUAGUCCUAAAUGCACUUUUGGCCUUUGCUUCAAUUGCCAUAACUCGCUCCCUCUCGCUCAAUGGAUUGUUAGUGGACUAGCUGUACUAUCUAAGCUGUAACUUGUAUCAUAGACUAUAGAGUUGCAAUAAUCAACGAGUGAAUACCCGUAAUUGUAUGUUGUACCAGAAUAUCAAUAUCAAUUUAAUUUAUAUGAUGAAACGCCUCGCCUAACGUGAGCCUGCUCAGAAAAACAAAACAAAGUAAAAGAAAAAAAAAAGUGAAUAAUAAUAAUAACAAUGAUAAUUGAA